UGAACAUUUCAUUAAUACUAUUGAACACUUUUGUGACAUGCAACGAACGCUGUAUUUUAUAAUAUAAACAAAAUAAUGUAACUAAAGAAUAAAAAAGUAUAGGAAAUAAAAUAUUAACAGAAACCCAAAAAAAUAAAGAGAAAAAGGAAAAGAAAAAAGAAAGCCAGGCCCGCCACGACGGGCCUGUUGCGCGGCCCGCCAGCAUGGCCCACCUGGCAUGCAGGCCGCUAGGGCGGCAGUAGAACUAAAGCGACGCGGCGUCGCCCGUUCCCCUCCCCCCGCCGCAUUCUACCUAUCCUCUCGUCUCGCUCACUCUCUCAUCUCCUAUCGUCUCUCACUCACACAAACCCUCUUGCCCUUUCCCCUCCCCCCGCCGCAUCGCCGCCCGCGUCGACGAGCAGGAAGCCCAACUCUCCCCUCCGCCGGCCACCACAUCGGUCUCCUACAUCCACUGACCUUGGGGCUGCCUGCUGUGGGCUGCGCGACCGAGCGGGACGGACGGGGCGCGCUUCCUGGAGCACCUGCGGGUGAUGGAUGCGGUCCCGCUCCGGUCGGAUCCGCGGCGGCGCUACUCUCCCGCGAUGUCGCAGCUGGAUCCGCAACGACGCGUCACUACCUGCAAUGACACAACUCCGGUAAGCCACUACCCAUGCCUGGCAAAUCCAUUCAACGCGGGCUGCUCAGAUCCGCCCCUCCUCGUCUUCUUAGCCACUGAAUUCCUUAUCUGUUCUCUCUGUGCCGCCGCGCCAUGAGAAAACCUCACAUGGACGGCGAGGGCAACGAUUGCUGGGGGAGGGGAAAACAUCACAAGAAAAGCAUGCAGAAAGGAGGAGGAGACCAGUAGCUAGCUAGCUUCCUCCCCUGCAUCGGAAGCCAAAUGUUUUGCCUCGCCUAGUCCAAUCCAGGGAGGGGGCAGAUCAUAUACGCUGUCAUGGAUUUGGAUCUCAACUGCGCGCCGCCGUCGCCAGAGCCCGCGCCCCAGGACCACCGCCUCGGCCACGCAAUGCUCCGCCAAGAACACGCCUACCGCCACCAGGUCGAGGAACUGCAUAGGCUGUAUUGGGCGCAGAGGAAUCUCAGGCCUGAUGUGCCCUUCUGGGAGCAAUCCCAUGAUGUCCUCUAUCCCACCCAUUCCAUGCCCAUGGCUACUUCCUCCCAAUCCGACAUGAUUGAUCCGGAUCUGCUGGGUGCUUCUUCUCAUGAGCUACGAGGCAAGCAGGCCAUUUGGUGUGGCAACGGGGUUGCAAGAAAAUUUGGUGCUGAGGGCUCAGUCAGGAGAAAACCUGAUGAUGGUGGUGUACAGGGGAGGUCUGGUUACCGCCGUAUGAUCGAUAUGGAGAAACCAGCGACAUCAGAGGACGACGAUGAUGAUGUGGAAAUCUUGUCUCCUGCUCGGAUCAGUGACUAUGCCAAGCGCAAUGCUGGGUUUGCGGAUAAUUCUCAGUGUUAUCCAAGGGAGAAUGCUGCCCAUGUUCGUUUUGGUGAGUUCAAGAGCAUUCCUCCCUGCCCUGCCCUGCCUAGUUAUGUUCAUAUAACUAUCAUUGUCUACUUUGGUAGAGUAAAACUGUUUGUCAAGCAAAACUAAGAAAUGUAGAGCCUAAUGCCUUCCUAAUAAUGAGUUCUUCUGAUAGAAUCGUCCUUGAUAUUACAACUCACAUUGUUCUUAUAAAAUGAAUCUGUGAGUAAUGAAUCUUGAUUUAUACAUGUAGGCUGCAGUUAUGUACUUUGGGUUCAAACUUGUGUCCUGCAAGGUUGCAUUGUCAAUAAUGUUCACACCAUGCCAUUGUAUUGUAGGAUAAACUUUUCUCCAUUCUUUCUAUACAUUCCCAACCUUUUAAGUUUCAUAGUAAAAGAACAGGAUGGCCGGAAAAUUCUAUGUAACACUUACGUAAUUGUGUGUUAUGCUAGCUCCAGUUUUUACAGUAUAGCUUUUACGUAUAGCUGUAAUUUGUGCCUGCAAGCUUGAAUCUUCUAGUCUUGUUGUGCUGAAACAUCAAUUUAGCCUAUUAUUUGUGCC